AUGGUUCUAAAGGCAUGCGACCGGUGCCAUUUGAGUAAGGAGAAAUGCACCUUCACAGACGAUAAUCAGCAGCAAUGCACCAGGUGCCGGCGCCUGAAGAUUACCUGCUCGACAUCCCGACGGAACAGACGUAUAGGUCGCCGCCCUGCUGCGAAAGCCUUCCCGCAUGGGGAGAUGCAAAUAUGGAGCGUCGAUUCACAUCAACAAUGCCCGUCCGACGCUCGUGAUACCAAAGCGUCACCGAGUGUGCCCCGAAAACGUUCAAUCUCAAGUACGCCGUCCGAUACAACGGAAGAACUUGGAACUCCACAAAAAGUCGACUCGCCCGACAGCGAUGACGCCAUGCUCUUGCCACCGGAGAAACUGCUCGCCUACCCUGCCGAACUUCAAACAACCCGCGAUGCUAUGCGCACAGUGCUAGACGUGGAUCAAUUUACUGCAAUUCAUAUGCCAUUCAUGUGGGGAACGAGUUUCGUGCCCGAAUCCCAAAGGACCGUCUAUGCGAUUUUAUGUCUAUCGGGGCCCACGUUAACCGAGGGUUACUUGGCAUUCAUCGGGCUCAUGACGAGCUACCAAAGAUCACUUGUUAUGCGACGAAAUGCCCCCGACAUGAUGAAAGCUGCGAAAGGUCUGCAACGACUGCGAAGCGUCAAGAUAACGCAAAGUUGCGAUGCGGUUUGUGCUCUCUUCUUGGGGCAAACCAUGUAUGUGUUCAACGUACUCACCGCGCACGACUCGUCCACGGCCCAUUCCAUCGUGCGAAGCUCCCUUAUGUCAACCAAAGCCUGGGUCCCGGCCCUCAUACAAUACCCCGUCAUGGACACAAUAAUCAUGACUCCUAUUCUCGUCGACACGGUCGAAUGCUUGGCGCGUCGCGAGGUUCCUAUAUUGAAACUCCCGGCCACAGAAAGGAUCAUUAUAGAUCGCUAUGCGGGCCUCCUUGCAACCCUUUUACCCAUCCUGUACGAUCUCUGCGAAUGCAGCCAUGAUAUGAAGAGGGAUAUCACCGAUAUCGGAUCUGACUCGUACCCGGAACACUCCCAACGCCUGGCUGAGAUAGAGCAAACAAUCCGGCAUUGGAAGCCUCAAACAUCACCCCAGAUGUUCACCGAUUUCGCGCAACACGAGAUCUUGGCAAUGGUGACACAAGCAAAUGUUUAUCGCCUUGCGGCUCUGUUGAUCAUCCACCGCCUGCGGUAUCCUCUAGGCGUCGAAGAUGCCACGGGGCAAGACCUCGCAAAUAGUAUUUUUGCCGAAAUGUCCUUUUUUACCAAAUCAGCUACCCACAAAACUACCGCUCUGCCAGUCGUGUUUCCCUUAACAUUAUCCAUGUUUGAGGUCCAAGGACCGGGGGAGGAAUUACUGGAAAGAUUAUCUUCAUUUACAGUUCAAAGUACAAGUGCAUUGAGACUUCAGGAAUUUGUCAAGCGGGUCCGAGCAUCACGAGAGUUAGGGUUUAGGGGGUUUUGGUUUGAAUUGGCUGAAACACAACUUCAUGCAGCGAUGCCUCCUUGA